CCUUGCCCACAGCUGAUCAAAUGUCAAAGAAAAUGGAGUGUAGUUACGCAUUUUGUGUUUCAGAUUAGAUUUUUACAAUAUGAAGUCAAAAAAAACAGUUAUCAUAGCUAGUCAGGGUUAGAAUGGACAAAACCACUCCAUUUAAACCUUGGACUGCUGAAGAAAGUGCUAAAAGUGUACACACCGAACGAGAAGCAGUAGAUGACGCGAAACUUCAUCGGGAAAAUGUCAAUCAUCCAAAACAUACGCAAACUGCGUCUUACGAUAAAGAAAGUAUUGCUGUUGCAAGCAACGCUCCAGGCUCUUCGAGUAUUUUGGUUGUUGAUACCGAUCCUGAUAGAGGCAAGGAGUCUAAGAUGGACACCACCAAAGUAGCUUCAAUGCAACAAAUCGUCGAGAAUACUCUCAGCCAAGAAGGUCGACAACGUGUCUCACAACUGCUAGAAGCUGUUGAAGCUCUGAGUGGUGCUGAAAGACUGCUUCUUUAUCUUCGUUUGCCUACAGGGGUGCCACCUCAUGAUCCUUUGAAGCAGCCUAUAAAUCCGUUGGGAUCUAGAGCUGAACUUCAACAGACUGUAACAUGGAUACAGACUCACUUGGAAGUUGACCCUGAUGUCUCAUUACCCAAACAGGAUGUCUAUGAUGAAUAUAUAGCACACUGCAUGACCAGCAACAUGAAGCCUCUAUCAACAGCCGACUUUGGAAAGGUGAUGAAACAAGUGUAUCCCAGCGUCAGACCACGGCGACUCGGCACGCGCGGCAACUCUAGGUAUUGCUACGCGGGUCUACGGAAAAAGGUGAAAUUAGAGGUACCACAACUACCUGCUCUCGGAGACUCGUCGAAGUUGCAGGAAGUGAAUAUACCAUCUAAGGAAACUGAAAGAAUUGUGUGCGACUGGGCUGAAUCAAAAUUAGGCAUAAAGUUCGCUAAUAUAUCGGAGUUAUCGCGCCAUCUAAUGGCAGCAGCCAUGCAACAUGCUCCACCUGGGCCGGCCAGUAGUUCCCCACCACCUCUGGGUCAACCACAUGUACCACCAGAUGAGGCAGCCAGCCGACAGCUAAUAACUCAACUGAAGAGGAAAAUACAGGGCACUCCGGGUCGACCGAAAAAGAAGAAGGCCCAGGAAGCGGGCGAGUCGCCACCAUCCACGUCUUACGUCCACCACCAACCGGUGAAACACGAGGAGCCGCCGGAGAGUUACGGCUACCAACCGCCGUACAUGCCCGUGUACGACGUGCGGCCUCCGUACCCCGCGUUCGGCCCGCCCCGCGCCCACCCCCCCGCGCCCGGUGAGUACCGCCCGGACACUUACCCGUACGAGCAGCAGGGGUACGCGCGCGACCUCUCCCUCCCCGACCCGGCCCUCAACUUACCCAUCAACCUGAGCAGCGACGCGCGCGACGCCGCCGAGCGGACCGAGUGGGCCCGCCGCCGGCCCCCCGAGCCGCCGCCCCGCCUCCCCCUCCCCGGCAAGAAACUCAUUCUCGAAACCUACCAGAGCGAGACCCAAGGCGGCUCGCCGCGCGCCAUACCCGAACCCCGCCCACCGCCGGUGCAAGAAGAGUUCCCUCGGGCCGAAUACCUCCCGAAGAAAAUGCGUGCCGCAGAAAUAAGCGGUGGAAAACUAGCCGCCCAGCGCCACGCGGCCGCCUCGGACGGAGCCUCAACCUCCACGGAGCCGACCCUCGCUUUUUUAGAGGAUCCAAAAAACUUAACGAGCCGGUCCAAAAGCACCGCCGCGGCGCUGGCCCGGGAUAUCCAGGAGGCGGCGAGUCCCAAGCGGGUGAAGAGGGCACCGACCCCUAGACAGGUGCGCGGCCCGCGACCCCACGCGCGCCCCCGGGGCUCCUCCGCCGACCGCGCCCGGAGCCCCGACACCUGCUGUGGCCUGGAUGGCAUCAACAUCAAAACCGGCGUCAUAUGUGAUGAGAAGCACACCGAGAUCCUCAACAGGGAACGAGUGAUCAGCAUAUGCAACAUAGACAAACACGAUCUCGACGACUACCUCAAUGAGGGCAACAGCCAGGAGCACGAGGAGGAGCUGUUGAAAUAUUUCCAAGCGAAGGAGGCGGAGGCCGAGGUGCCGCCCGUCGCCGUAGCAUCCGCCCCCGCGCCCGCCUGUGGAACCGCUUCAUUUUCAGAAACGAACCAAGAUCCGCAAGAUGACCACAGUCAAGGCAAGAACGAAAAGAUAUCGCAACUUCGGGAAUUGUUAGCGAAAAAUUUAAAAAGUCAAAAUAGCUCUUCGCAAAGUGUACCACCGAAUCAGGAACAGCAGCCGAUCAAAGAAAAUUCGCACGAGCAGACGCUCAAAUUGGCUCCGAACGAUGGAGCGUUCAAACCGCUCGCCGACGUCGAAAUAUCUAACGGACCUCAGACGUUGAAUCAAUCUGCUAUAAACGGUAACAAAAUGUUUAACUCUGUUCCGAAUGAAAAUGGUACCGCCCCGCCAUUGCUCAGCAGCGGCUCGGCCAGCCACGGCAAUUGCCAUAAUGACCCUCAGAGUCCGACUUCUAGAACUCAGCAAUACGACUUCGUUCCUAUAUCUGACGGUUGCCAGUCGCCGGCUAACUUUAAUUCAAAAUCACCCGUAGGAUUCGGUCAAAGGGGGCUCAGUCCGACGAAAAUAAAUAAAUCGAUCAUGAGUAAUUCGCUUCAAACGUCGCCUAUAUCGCAUAGUACCGCGGCUAGCCCUUUCGUCAGCCCUCGAAAUACGCCAGUCCCACGAUCAAGACUUUGUUCUAGACCGAUACCGAAACUCAAUGGGCGAAAAAGACGGAACCCUCUAUCUCUGGGAGUGAGCGAUCAAUGUCAUAAGCAAUUCGCAAUUCCGAACGAUCAAAAGUUUAUGAGUAAAAUGCCCGUAUGUGGCCCGGGAAAAUUUUGUCAGUCGAUUCAACCAAUGUCUGCACCGCCGUCGCCUAACAUUCUUACUUCUCAAUAUAAGACCCAUAUGUUCCAUUGCGCACCAAACAUUCCGAACGGCGUUCAUAAUUUAAGUUUAAACUUCUUACCGAACGUACCGAUACGAGAUCAUAUCGAUAGAGAGCUUGCGCAGCCAUUAUCGGCAGAUCCAUUAUCCAGUGAAGUCAGUCAGUUUUUCCAAGAGCCUUUGGUUAAUUAUAGGCCGGCACCUGAUUCAUUCAGAUCCCAGUCAGUACCCCUCAAGCAGGGCAUUAACAACAUGUGCUUGUUGAGCUACAACAAUACUCCAGUUGGCUCUGUCCCACCGACACCGGUACCCAACGAGUUUUGUGAUUUCGGCUCUCUAGCUGACACUUGUGAUAUAUCGAAGGCCGGUCUAAACCCUGAGACAUUGGAUAAAAUAUACAACGCGAUAGACAGCAGCAAUGAUGUACUUAACACGAACGCUGCGCAGACCCUAUUGAACUCUAAUGACGCAUUGACUAACGGUUGCGAUCCCAUUCCCGAACAGGCGAUACUAUCUGAUGAGCAACUCAACUCCCUUAUACCCAGCGGCGAAGAAUUGCUAGACAGAGGUAGCCAGUUCAGUCAGCCCUUUAACAACGACGCCGCGCCCACUGAUAACGUCGAAGAUUUCUUGAAACGUCCUAACAGUAUUGAAUUCGAUCUAUCCGAAUUAGAAACUGACAAGAACAAAUAUUACACGUCGCGUUCCGUGCCGAGCACUCCGUUACCGUUCAAGCGUACGGCGUCUAAUUUACAAAUAGACUCGUGCCGAUCAAGAGAACUGUUCCCAGCGGAUGCGUAUACGAACGCUUCUAACGGCAUAUCGUCCAAAUCUGUACCGUCGACACCGCAGAUGGUUGAAGAACGUAGCGUAUUCAGUUACAGUAAUAGAGAUUACCUGAUCAACGGUAAUUCUGUGGGUGGUUCCGCACAGAUGCACGAUAUCGUGAUGGACAAUGAUCAGAGUCUGGCUUCACCGUUAAACGAUAUGUUGCGAGAGGAUAUGCUGAACCCCCUGACACCCGCCUUGCUGGCCGACCUCGACAAAAUGGACACUCCAUACGUCGAUCUCUAGUCAGCCAUUUUGUUUUACAUAACUGUUUGUAUAUAAUAUUUUAAUGUUAGAUCUUUGUUUGUACAGAUGUCGAAAUAUUGGAUAUCUUUAAAGAGUACAAUAUUUAUUUGUUUGCCUUCAGUGAAGGUGCAUUAUAAGUUGUGCAUGCCUAAUUUUAUAUUCGGAUUGCACACUCCCAAAAUAUUGAGUCAAUAUAUUGUGCACCAUUAUUAAUGUGAUAAAGAAAAAAAUAUCUAUGCUCUUUCAAUUAUUAGGGAGUAAGCAAAAGCAAACUCUGGUCAUGUUGAUUUAAAGUCAAAAAGUAAAGGUGUUAUAUUAAUUGUGUCUAUUAAUAUAGAAUUGACAAAGGCUUUGCCUAAUUUUAUUAUCAAUACUAAUACAUAUUUUAUAUUUAAUAGUUUUAUAAUCGGUGAUGCAACUAGACUACGUGUUAGAUCAAUCACAAACCUUUAUUUUAGUGAAUAAAUAAUUCACCGCCAAUCUAGUUGUAACAUUGAAGAACAUUAUUGUUUUUUUUUAGAUUUACUAUGAUUUAUAAAAUCAUAAAUGUCUACAUUAAUUUUUAUUUAAGGAUUUUAUUUUUAUAUUACGAAUGAAUGCUUCCUGUCUUUAAAUAAUUGGAUUAAAUAAGAUUAUACAGCAUUGCUGUGAGAAGGUAAACGAUACCCACAAAUUAUAUAUCAACUGAUGUGAAGACAGAACGAAUAUUUUUUUUUUUUUUACUUUUUAUAAGAAGCUUGCAGCAUAGACUUUUAAUAUACAUAACAAUAAGUGCUUACCGAUUAAAUUGACCAUUUUUCUAAGGUAUUGUUUCCAAUUUUAUUUAAUUAUUGAAUAAAAAAGUAUUGAAAUAGCCUUCAACAGUCAAUAUUGUAAAAAUAGUUAAUAUUGUAGUGAUAGUUUCUGUACUAUUCAUGCAUAACCAGUAAUGAGCAAAUACAAAGUGGCAAUUUAAUAGGUAAAGAUCGUAAAUUGCUGUACUUUAUAUAUUUUAAAUAUAAAAUUACACCGAGUUCUCUGAUAACAUCCUGAAGGGCACAAAAUGUUACAAUAUGUUAUGAAUAAGUGAUUUUGUCUCCUGCAAAAAUUAAUAUUUUCUUGAAAAACUUGUUUGUUGAGUUAUUACUUUAUUAUUAUUAAGUAAUAUAUUUGUAGGUAAUCGUAUAGAAAUUAACUUAUAAUUCACUUAUUCACAAUCACUCGGAAAACCUAAAGGACCUUUCAUAUCUGCUGCCACCGUACGUGAGAGACGUGAUCCAGUGCACAGUAUUUAAAUUGUUAAAACACUGUCCGUUCUCGAAUGACACUUCGCAGAUCGGCAAAUCUUUAUAUUAUCGUUUUGCAUCGUGCUUAUGGUUGGUUUACACGUAAUUAAGUUGAUAAGUAAACUUUUAACUUAAUUUUAACUGCUUUAAGUUCGUGUAAAUACACAAAUAAGUAAUAAGUAGCAAUUUAAAAUUUAGUUAACUACUUAUGAGCUUAAUUAGAAUUAAAUAUUAACUUACUAUUUAAUUACUUGUUUGUGUUUACUUAAAUUAAGUUAAAAUCUACUAACACAACAAGGACGAACAGUGUAUAAUUGUCAAAAGUUCUCAGCAAUAAUGUUUUGUCUAUACUGGCACACUUUAGAACAUAUCUUUGUAGUUUACCUAUUUAAAUGACAUUUUUACUAAUAUAUUUAAAAACUUGUCUGUUCUGUGUCUGCCACGUUAAGUGCUAGUGGAUGUGAAUGAAGCUUAAUAAUGAAGUUGUUAUUAUAAAAAUCCCUGUAAAUAAACAUUGAUAUCGGCAUAUCGAAUCUUACAAGUAAUUUAUAUUCACGAAUAAAAAAUAAUAUUGGAAUUGUAGUAGUUUUAUGUUUCUAAAUGCAUGAAGUAAAACUGUCUAUGAGUGUUAUCUGUCUCUUUAUGUGAAAUAGAUUAAGAAAACAUUAUAUUGGUCUAGGUAGAACGAGUGAUACCAAAAUUGCUUUGUAGAUGAGCAGUAUGUAUUUGUUCAUGUGCCUAAUGACAAUAUCUAAGCUCACCAGGAAUCGGUAAGAAACAUCGAAAUAUUAUAUAAAUAUUUUUUGUAAUAAUUAGAGUGAUACAAUCCAUAGUGAUACUGUAAUUACAGUUCCAUCAACAAUAUUGUUAUGUGUAGAUGUUUGUAGUAUUUAUCCAGACCAAUGUAGCGUGCAAAGCGCGCUAAAUAAUAUAUAAUUGAUAAGGGAUGAAUUUUAAUAGUGUAUUUAUAGAUAAAAUUGAAAAAAAAUGAAUUUAUUGUAAGUUAGCACAAAGAUUUAAUAUAUUUUAUUAUCAAAUAGGAAUUUUACUGAUAUACUAAAUUUACAUUGAACGCAUGAAAUGCGAAGAGAAAUUUUACCUCCGCCAUUGUUGGCUACAUUGAGCUUAUGGCAAGAAUCAAGGUCAUGAUUCGUAUAAGUAUUGUUAAACGCUGUCGAUGUCGACCUGCCGCACGUCGGAACAGCUGUUCUUUAUAAAUUAAAGAAGGUGUCGUUACAGAAAAUGUUUUGCCGUCCCCGAUUAUAACACAGAUCACGUGAUCAACGAUUUAAUUGAUCGCGUAUGAUGAAGCGUUUUGUUUACUUAAUUAAAAAUGGUCGGCAUCGCACGUUCGUGGUCCAAAAGAUAGAUUAACACCUUGUACAUGAAGUCUGAUCAGAGUGAAAUAAAGAAGUGAUGGUAAUUUACUAAAUUUAGUUUUGUUGCUCGUCUCGAAAUUGUUACUUACUAAUUCACUCAUUUUGUUUUCAUAUAAAUUUAAUAUAAAACUCAGUUUGAUGCGGACAUGUAGCAAAUGCGAGGCGGAAUAUCAUAAAAUUAAUUUUCUCGACCUGUGCCUGAAAGCUUGUUAGACAAUUUGUUAUAACGCUAGUACAAAUAACUGAUUCGACAGGGAUAUUCCUAUAUAUAAGUGUAACCGAAGACUGUUUAAAAGUUUGUAGAUAUUUUCGACACAAAAAAUUAUUUCAUGGUCACAUCAUCUAAGUAAUGUGAAGACGAGCACCUCGAGUGAUCAAUGUGAUUAUUCCAAUUUGGUACAACUUACCAAAAUCGAUUAGUACCUAAUUACUAUUAAGUUGUACAUUAUAAUAAGGUACUUUUCUUAUUAAGUGAAAGUGUAAAUAUUUUUAAUGUUAUUUCCAUUUAUAAUACACUAAAUAUACAAUCAGUAACGAUCCAUCAUAAGUCUAAUUAAACUCGAUUUCCCUUUCUUUUUUACCGGUCAGUGGUUAUACAUACCAUAUUUAUGCGUGAUCACAGCAUUGGCGAAGUUAAAGUACAGGCAAAAGCACUUCAGGUUAUUUAAAAUUGACAAAUUUAUCCAUUUGAUUUUAAGCCUUAACGCAUUGACGGUAAAGUUCAAAAUCAAUUGCGGAUAUUCGUUGACAUAAUGAGGUAAUUUGACGUGCUGUUGUGUUUUAUCAUCAUCUUACAUCUUAGUAGCAACCUAAAUAUAACACUCUAGAAACAUCAUACGAUUUAAUACAAAUUACGCGGCUACUUUUGUUUGUGUUAUAUACAUAUAUUCGUUUUAUAUAUAUUGGGAAUAAAAUUCGAAUCUAGAGAGAUAACAAUCAAGUUUAUAAUUAUUAAAUAUUAUAUUCUGAAACUGCAAUAUCCAAAGAUGAUGUUGCAUAAUUAAAAAUCUCAGAUUUGUAUGUAAUUACGACUAUAAUACAUAGUGUUUUGAAAUGAACCCUAGAGAAUUUAUACUUUUAUAUGAACGGAGUUCUAAAACAGACUAGAAUUGGUAGCUGAAAUAAUUUUAUAAUUGCAUUGAAAUGUAGAUUAUAUUCAUCUACAUUUAAACGCAGUCAGUUUAGGUUUCUUCAAAAUUACAUUAUAUUUUUGUCGCACAUUCAUUCAUUCUCAUCAUAGAUGAAGCUAUUGUUAUGUACGAUGGAUGUUUGUUGUAUUUGGAUUAAAUUAACGUUUUCAAACUGUCUUAAAAUAUUUAUUAGAAUAAUUGUACAGAAAAAGGUGCUCGGCACUGGAGUUUGUACAGUAUGCUUUCUGUUAUUAGUGUCAUAAUUGCAUAACAAGUAUGAAUGCAUUUUGUAUUUUGCAAUUGUAAGUAAUUUAUGUAUAAGUUUAAAACUGUCAUGUACAGAUCUCUCAUUUUUUCAUUAUUCCGCAAUCUUAUUUGUAUGUUUAUCUUCAUAAAGAUUUUCCUACAUCAUAGACUCGUAUAGCUCCAAAAAGGCUGUUAUUAUUUUUUUAAAGUUCCAAUUGUACUUGCUGACAAGAAUUUAUUCGCUUGAUAAUCAAUUAGCGUUGCAAUUGAAGGAAAGUUAAUAACAGGUUUUAUUAUGGUGAUAUUGGAAUGUAAAGCAUUCUUUUCUUGCUAACGGUCAAUGUCGCGUCGCGCGAACGCUUACAUCCUAAUAGACUUGGACAUAACAGCCUAUUAUAUAUCUAUCUCUAUUUUAUAGAUUUUAAAAUCUCAAAAAUUUUUGAAAUAUUUUCCUAUCAGGUAAAAAUGUACAAUUCCCGAAUUGACGGAAUCCCUGAAUUAUCUAAUUCCUACACACGGGAACUGGACAUUUAGAACUGAAAGGAAUAUUUUAUUUGUUCUUGCUUUGAACACAAAAACAUAAACAAAUAAUAAUAAAUAAAUAAAAUACAACACUAAACUAGUUAUGUAAAAAUAAGCAGACGAUAUGAAUUUAUGAUGACUGCAUAUAAAAAUCUACAUUUAAUAUCAAUUUAAUCAAGUCAUUUUAAUUAAUUUUCCUUCAAUUGCCAUGUAACUAGACUUAUGUUGAACUGCUAUUAAUGUUAUAUAAUCUGUAGUUUCCAUUACAAAGGCAAUAAAAAGGUCAAAAGCUCCUGAUCUUAGGAUUUGAUACCCUCAUUAACAGUAAUUAUGCUUUAAAGAUUAUUUGAAAUCUGAGGAAGAUGCAACUACUAAUAGUUGCAUUCUUAUUAGUAGUAAUGAUGGAGAUUUUGUUAAAAAAUACUUAUGUAAAUACAAUUUUGAAUUUAGGUGUAUAAUACAUGACAUCCAUUUAAUUUUAUUAAAACCAUGUUGUUCUGUUAAUUGUUUUUAUUUCUAUCAUAUUUUUAUAAUUAAUCACAUAACAAAUUUAGUUUAAAAUUAAUUGUACAUGUUAAGUGAAGAUAUCCAUGUUGUUGAUUAGUCUUUUAUGGAUGUUGAUUUACACCAUUUGCUAUGCAGUGAUAAUAAAUGGUACCACAGUAUUUUUGUCUCUUUAUUUUACUAACACCCGGGUUCUUUUCUCAAUUCAGAAACUGAUCUAUCUAUAUUUUCAAGGGUAGCCGACAUCUUAUAUACAUUUUAUAACAUGCUAUUAACGGUUUUCAUAGUUUUAUUAG